AUGGAACAAAAUUAUGAUAGAAUUAAAUCAAUCAUUGCACAUCUGUUGCCAUUGGAGAUCUCAAAUACCAAUGCAUCAGUCGAUGCAGCACCAGCAAUCACAGCUGAGAAACCACGUGCACAAAUCCCAAAGUGGAACAAAGACGAACUCCGUGAUUACUUGGAAUCCAACCCAUCAUACAAACAAGUGAAGCAAAAUCUUCAAAACUUCCUCAAAGAUCCAAUCUUUGCUCCAAAAUACAACAUGAACUGUGAGCAAUGGAGAGAGGUAACUCUUCAAAGAUCAAUCAAAGUUAUCAACUCUGGUUUAAUUUCAUUAGCUGAAUUCAAUAGAGAUCCAAUGAAAUAUUUAUUAUCAAUGGAAUUGUUAAAUCUUUCGGAUCCAUCGUUAUCAGUAAAGCUUGGUGUACACUUUUCAUUGUUUGGUAACGCAGUUCUCAAUCUUGGUACAGAGAAGCAUCAUUUGAAGUAUAUUAAGGAUAUCGAUACCUGGAAGUUACCUGGUUGUUUCGGUAUGACAGAGUUGGGUCACGGUUCGAAUGUGCAGGGUGUCGAAACCACCGCCACCUACGACAAGGACACACAGGAAUUCAUCAUCAACACACCAUCGGACUCUGCACAGAAGUUCUGGAUAGGAAAUGCUGCCCUCCACGGUCAGGCAUGUGCCGUUUUCGCACAACUCUAUAUCGGUGGUGUUCACUACGGUGUACAUGUAUUCGUCGUACCCAUCAGAAACGCCGACGGAUCGACCGCAACCAACGUCAGAAUCAUGGACAACGGUUACAAGCUCGGUUUGCAAGGUGUCGACAACGGACGUCUCUGGUUCGACAACAAGCGAAUCCCACGUGAUAACCUCCUCAAUAAGUUUGGUGAUGUCAUGCCAGACGGAUCGUACGUAACAUCGAUUCCAAGCAAGAACAAGAGAUUCGGAUCGAUGGUUGCACCGUUGGUCGGUGGAAGAGUCUUGAUCGCAUCGUCUGCAUUGAACGCUGCCAAGCUCUCAUUGAUCAUCGCCAUUCGUUAUGCGUAUGCACGUCGUCAAUUCGGAUCGAAGGGUAACGAGAUUCCAAUCAUCCAGUAUCUCACUCAUCAACGUCGUCUCUUCCCAUUGAUUGCAGCGACCGUCGCAUUGAACUUCCCAGUUCUCCAGCUGAAGCAAAUCUACUGUGAGCCAAACAAGACACCACAGAACGUCAAGGAUGUACAUAUCUGGGCAUCCGGUCUCAAGGCUGUCGUCAGUUGGCACAAGACUCACACUCUCCAACAGGUCAGAGAGUGCUGUGGUGGUCAAGGUUUCAGUGCAUUCAAUCAAAUCGCAACAUUGAAAUCCGAUCUCGAAAUCGAUAUGACCUACGAAGGUGAUAACCAUGUACUCCUUCAACAAGUUGCCAAGAAUCUCUUGGUAGAGUUACAAAAGGGAAGAUACACUGUUACACUUCCAAAUCAUGGUGUAAAGAUUCAAAAUUCAGACUUCCAAAUUCAAUGUUUCAAAUGGAGAGAAAGUCAUUUGGUUCAAACUCUUUCAUCAAAGAUUAUGAGUGCUUUGGAUGUAGGUGUUGGAUUGGAACACUCUUGGAACGACAACUUGGAUGUUAUUACAGCUCUUGGUAAGGCAUACAUCGAGAGAAUCACUUUGGAAUACUUCCAAGCUGCAAUCAAGAAGGCAUCAGCCAAUCUUCAACCAGUAUUGGAACUUUGCAGAAACUUAUACUUCUCAUCAAGAGUUGAAAAUGAUUUAGGUUUCUUCUUAUGUAAUGAUGGUCUCACACACGAAACAGGAUUAAAGAUUCAAGAGAGUGUAAACAAACUUUGUGGAGAUAUGUUACCAGUUGCAUUGGAUAUUGUCAACUCAUUCGAUAUCCCAGAGCAAUUCGUUCAUGCACCAAUUGCUAAACCAGACUAUAUUCAAGAGUUUAGAUAUGGACUUGAGAGAAAUUAUUAA